GCUUUUAUCACUGAAAACUAGCAUGAGGAGGACACAGCAGGUGAGCACAUGUUGGACUGUGGGACUAGAUUCUCCAUCGGGCCUCUUCAGCGGACGCAAAGAUGGACGUGACUGAUGAGAGCAGAAUGGAAACAGAUAAAGAGAAGGAACAAACAAUGGCUCACGACUCUUCUGAUGGAUUAUCGGAGGACAUGCACCAACCUGUCACUUCCAGUGAAGGUCUUUCAAGCAGCUAUAGGGGUGGCAGAGCGAGAACCAGACCCAAACUCCAGUGGACAAAAAGCUUCCCCCCUUACAGUCAGUGUAUAGGUGGACUUGAGUCAGGAACAAGCAUCCCCGACCAGCAGCAUCUCAGACCUGCUGAGACAAUGGUAGACAGUAAUGAGGUUGCCCAAAGUACAGAAAGAAAAGGAGAUGCAGCAUUGAGUACAAGGUGUGUAAGGGAUGAAAGGAGAGCAAAGUGGAGGAUGAGGAGGAAGGAGAGAUUAGGUGGGAGCUAUGAAGCUAACACAGACAGAUGGGAGCAAGGACGGUGGAUUGGGAAGCGAGGAGUGAAGGAGACUGAUGGAGAAAGGGGCCAUGAUGGCAAUGAUGAAAGGGAAGGAGGCACAAACAGUGAGUCGAAUCAUUGGAGAAGUAGAAACUCAAGUUUUGAAACAGAGAUGAAGGAAAAGGGAGGCGAAGAGAGCAAGAGAUCUCCUGUUUCAGUGGUGGAGGGGGAGAAUGGGGCGGGUAGAAAGACCUUUGCGGAGAAUGAUGAAGAGGAGGCUAUGGAGCUGCUGCCAGUGAGAGGGGGCUCCACAACACAUCAUCAAUCAUCCAAACAUCCAUUCCUUUCCAAGCUUUUACACUCCUCCUCCUCCACCUCCACCUCCUCCUGCUCCUCGGUCAACUUCUCCUCAGCAGAGAGUGAUGAGGUCUUCAGUGAGGGAGAGGAUGUUGGCAAAAGGAGGGAGACCUUCAGGAAGUAUCGCUCCUGGAAAACCUUCCUGACCAUGAUGCACUGGUCACUGCAGCGGCAAAGUUCCUGGGUCCAGCUGGCUGGACAUCAAGGCAACUUCCAGCUGAGUGAGAGAGGGGAGGUGCUGAAAUUGUACAGUGAAGGGGAGGCAAAGUGCUUGGACUGCCUGAUGAGAGAUCCGCUGAGACCCUUUGUCCCGCAGUACCACGGCAUCAUCACCAGGGGGGAGCAGCGCUACAUGCGUCUGGAGGACUUGCUAAAGGGUCUGAAGAGGCCUGUUAUCAUGGACUGCAAGAUGGGAGUCAGUGGUGGUGGUGACCUGAUAUGUUUCUCACAUGGCUCCUUUAACACAAAACUGACAUACCAGGAGGAGGAACUUGUAAAAGCUCAGAUUAAAGCCACCCUGCGAAGUGACAUGUACCAGAAAAUGGUGAAAAUAGACCCGGCCGCUCUGUCUGAAGAAGAACAUGCACAAAGAGGUGUGACCAAGUGGCGCUACCUCCAGUGGAGGGACACAAGCACUUCUACAUCCACACUAGGCUUCAGGAUUGAGGGCAUCAUGAUGGAGGAUGGCAGUGUCCAACGUGACCUCAGAAAGACUCUGACUUUAGCUCAAGUCACACAGGCUUUGCUCUACUUCACCAGGAGCCAGAUGGACAUCCUGAAAGCAUAUCACUCCAGACUAGUGGCCCUGAAUGACACACUGAUGAAUUCUCAAUUUUUCGGAACACAUGAGGUGAUUGGCAGCUCGCUUCUCUUUGUCCACGACCACAGCAGCAGCAAGGCCAAUGUGUGGAUGAUAGACUUUGGGAAGACGACCCCCGUGUAUGAGACGUUUAAGCUCCGACACAACAUUCCAUGGACUGAGGGGAGCAGGGAGGAUGGCUACCUGAUUGGUCUGAGUUCCCUCAUCACGUCUCUGAGUCAGGGUAUCAGUAUGGCCUCCUGUGAGCAGGAGGACAGUGGUAGAGAGGAGAGGAGUGUUACUUGAAGCAGACUGAUGCAGUGGUUGACACUCAAGAUCAGGUGGACACAAAGGAUGCUGUUACACACCUAAAAGCAACUUUGUUUCAUUUACUAGAAUAAAAAACAGAAGAGCGCUUGUUCUUGGGAAAUCUGUCUUCACAAGCUUGAAGGAUCAGGGGUUUUAAAACAAUCUCGUCUGGUUUUAACUACCUAAUCUGAAAGGUAACUUGUAAUUUUAUUAGUCCAAUAAAUGGGUAACAGCUCUACAAAAUUCCAAUCAUUUUUAAAUAAUAAUAUCAAAACGGUAUUCCUUGAAAAUGGUAGGUUCUCCAGUUUAUUAUUUAUCCCUCUUCAAAACCAAAAAAGGGAAUAAGAGGCACUGUAAAAUGGGGCUCUGAGAUUUUUCAAUAACAACCAUUUAAUCAAGAUAUUACUAUUGUAUUUUAAAAAAUAUUAAUGUCGAUCAUUCUUUGGCUAUAUUGACCACCCCUGCUGUAAAAUAAAGUAUUAUUAUUAGUAGAUAAAUGUAGUAAGAUUCCUUAAGUAAAAUAAUUUUCCAUCCUCCAGUCCUGACCCAAGCAUUUCACUCACUGCUUUUCGUUGAAACCCGUCCAACAGGUGGCGCCAUGUUCUAUUUCAUACCAAUUACUGACGAAAAGUGACGCAGACUAACGGAUGUCACCCGACCAGACUCAACAGACAGGUGUCCAAGCUCCACAUAUUACACUCAUCUUUAAAUAAUUUACUACGGAUAAAAACAAGUUAUUUAUCAGUAACUAUUGUCGUAUUAUAUCUGUGAGUGCUGCCCCGCCACUAAAGUAAUGCUAACUACUGGCUAAUGCUAUCUCACCCCAAUUGGCCACUAACCUGACUGAGGUGAAACUGUGCUAAACGGUUAAAUAU